GUAAUGAGUCUGUCCAUCUCGCCGUUUUCUACAUGGUUUCUAUGGUGUCGUGGGGGAGCUGGAGCUGAACACAGCCGACUUUGAGCAAGAGGCAGGAUGACUGACUGGUCGCCAGUCAAUCACAGACCUGCUGAAUGAAGAGUUAGCAUGCUGUUUUUGAGGUCCUUUUUCUCCUUGACGGCACCCGUGGACUAUUUGCCAUACAACUGAGAGAUAUGUAUUCAGCAUCUCGGGAAGACAAUGCGGCUCAAAGCGGGACGGGAGUUUUCUACCAGGCUUUGCCUGCCCUUGGAGCCGAUGGAAAAAACAUCAUGGUGCUGAUUCCUGUUCAAAUGGUCAAUGGGAAAUGUGUCCAAACCCAAAUCAACAAACCUAAAACGCAGGAUGCUCUACCGCUAAAUGUUGCAGGAGCACCUGUUUCCUUUAGAAUAAAGACAGCCUUGACUUCCUUAGCUACGCAACAAUCUACUCGAAAUGUGGUUUCCCCUGCGAAUGCCUCGCCUUGUGAAGUUGGUUUUGAAGAUCAAGGACAGGAGCUAAGUAUUUCAUCAAAUAAAUAUCCACUUGGGACUAUAAAAUCAAAAACAAUCCUCAUAGACUCCCAAAAUCAAGUACAAACCGUUGCUGCUUCUGAUGUUCCCUCAGGUAUUAAAAAGAGUUUCAUGUCAUCAACUGACUGCUUUUCAAGUUCAGACUCGACCACUGUGGCCAGUCUAUCAUCCAAGACAACUGACUGCCAAAGCAAUGUUUCGAGGUGUCUUUCAGAACUUUCUUUUUGUUCCGCAUCACCUAUGACUUCACUCCCACUGGGAUCACCCAAAUCCCACUUGAAAUUAAUUCCAAAGGACUCCCAGAGGCCAAACAGCCCAAUGAAGUGGACGAUUGAAGAAGUCAGUUCUGAGUUUGCUGUUGACCUCCCAAAUUCUCCUUCCGCUCCAUCAAAGACGUUUAAAACCUUGGAAAGUAGCGACACUGUUGGACUGUUUGAAAAAGCGUUGCCCGUGUCUUGGAUUUCAAAUGAAACGAACGACAAACGAGAUCAACAAGAUUCAGUUGUGUGCAAUGGUAAGAUUUUUUUGGCAACCAAAAAUGACACCCUUUUGUCGACAAAGGAAAGUGUGGGAAAAUGUUGCCAUCUCAAAAACACUGCUGUAUCAUCGUCUUCGUCACUCUUGCAACACUCAAGGGUUAGACAAGGAAACAAACCAAACGAGGUGAUUGACCUUUGCACUGACGAUAACCCAGAGAACUUGUGUGAAAUAAUAUCCGAUGACGUGACGACGGGUUCUUCUUUGGACGAAGAUAAUGUAAUAUUUGUAUCCUAUAUUCCACCAAAAUCUGAUUAUGUGGCAGUGAAAAGUCUGGUAGGAAAAACACUGGAGAUUGAAACGAGCACAAGGACCCUUCACCCUGCGCCUGAAUGUGAGAGUUCAGUACUCAAUUACUCCAAUACUGCUCAUGUUCAACUAACGUCUGAAAGUAUGGAUGAUUGUUCCAUUGAUAAAAGUCAGAAACCCGACCAGAGCAGGAUGGCAAACACAGCUCCAAAUGAUGACAGGGACUCGGUCAUGAGCCGUCAACAGCUGGACAGCAUAACGGUUUCUCUAGGAAUGGAGAGUUUGUCACAUCCCAGUGCUUCUGACCCCAACAGUGGGGAGUCCACAGACAAAACGAAGAGUUCAACUGCGCCAGUUUGUAGAUCAUCUGACCAUAUUCUAAGGCAAAUGUUUGGCGUUACAUCUGAUGUCAGAAUUUGCCUCCAGAGAAUUAAUCCAGAAUCAUCUGGGACUGGAGUCGAAGAGCCUGCACAGAAUGUGCUCACACAAGACAUUCAGGAAACCACAAACCUAGUAAAAGAGAGUGAACUUUUCAUGGAGUACAGUUACAAUCCACAAGACCCUCACCGCAGCAGUAGUCCAGUCAACGUCAAAAGAGCAAAGCUAUCAGAUGUACAGAAUUGGUCAGGAGACACGGUUACUACCAGUCCUUUUGCAGGGAUAAUGGUUGGCUAUGUGGAACCAAUCGAUGACGAUAUCUCCAGCAUCGAUGAAAAUUACAUUCCUGACUCCUCAGCUGCCUGGAGCCUGAAUAGUGCUCUUUCAAAUACAAGUAGAAUGGGAAGACCAAGGAAACGCACCACCUGUCCAUGUUGCGUCCCUGGUACCCUGGGUCUGAGUACGAGGUCCAGCACCAGGGCGGUAGACUCAGAGAGAUUGACAUGGACAAGAGACCACACGAGUAAAAGGGGUGGACGGCAAAAAUUCAAAUAGCAAAGGUGAAUGUACGACUUUAGCCGGACCGACCUUGUCUGCAUGGACGCACAGAACCAGCCAAGAAUAAAAAUGGGGAAAAUAUACAAAUGUAACAAAAUAUUUGAAAUUCUAAGUCACUUUUCCUGUUUACAAGAAGACUGACAAUGUACUUCAUUGUUGAGCAAACAUACAGUGAAGAAAAUAAGUAUUUGAACACCCUGCUAUAUUCCGAGUUCUCCCAAUUAGAAAUCAUGGAGGGGUCUGAAAUUUCUCAUCGUCGGUGCAUGUUCGCUGUGAGAGGGAUUUCUAAGUGGGGAGAACUUGCAAUAUAGCAGGGUGUUCAAAUACUUAUUUUCUUCACUGUUCAACAGUAAUUCAACUGAAAUUAAGCAAGUUAGUAACUCUCAUAGUAGUAGUGGGCCACAAGAACAAUUUUAUUUAUUUGUUUUGUCUUUUAGUGUACUUUUAUUGUGGCCCUUAAUCUGCCUCCUCUUUUUCCAGGAAAUAGUACAUUCUCAUACAGCUACUGAAAACAAACACUACUCGUUAAAUAUUUGCACUUCGUCCUAUUUUUAUAUGAUUGUCCAUAUUUUUUCUAAGCAGUUUUUCAUCUCACCUUUGGUUUGAUGACGGCUUUUAUAUUCAAAUAACGUGUUUGUUAAUGUUAGAAUAUGAAUCAGGUCAACUGACUUAUUUCAAGACGUAAUGUUUAUAACACUAUUUUAUUGUUUAGCAUUAACAUCCAUUGGCUUGAUUUGUUUCAAUUUAUCGUAUUGCUUACUAGACCGAUUAUUAAAGAAUAAUAUA